UCUCAAAUUCAAGACACACAAGAUAGAGACACUCCUCUUUCAGAGAAAGUUCGUAGAAAAUACGCAAAGAAAAGGUUCGAAUUGUUAGAUAAGUUAAAUGAACAGUGGGGUUCAGAAGACAAUCGAGAUUAUAACGAGAUGUUUCAAGCUGUCAUGGAUGCCAUUCAGCCUUUUGAAAACGAAAUCAAAGACCCUGGCGUACUUGUUGACAUGUUUGCUUCAUAUUUACCUGUUACUGCCAAUCUCAUAGCGUUGCAAGCUAUUGACCAGUUCAUUCACUUGUUUCCAAAGAACUUGCAGAAGCAUUUACAAGAAGUUAAAAUUGCUGAAUUUGUCCGUAUAUAUCCAAAUUCAUACAAUUAUUUGGAAGAAUUGAAUGAACAUGGUGAAAGGUCAUUCUAUUUAUAUUUCUACACAAAAGACAACCAGUCAAAACGACUAUACUGCAUUGAACCUAUGCCUCAAUUCUUAGACAAUUUCCACGUUAUAACAACUGUUGCUUUAGAUAUUCCUGCCAGAGUUCCAUAUGGAGGAACAGUAACCAUCUCAAGCUUUCCCAAGGACUAUAAAGGAAAGCCUCUCACAAUUGCAAAAUUCACACACAGCAGUUGCCAAUUUGUUCAAGAUGUCGAGUUCCAUUUCCUCAACAAUACGACUUUCAUCAUAGAGACUCCUCAAGAAGGUAUAUACAAAGUUUUCAUCGCAGGAUUUGUUGCUCCCAAUGGCGAAGAAGAAGUCGAAGAAAUCCUCACCUCAGAGAGCGAAGAAGAAGAAAAUUUCCAAGACAUUCAAGAUUCAGAAUAUACCGAAUAA